AUGGUUGAACGAGCAUCAUACCAAGAUUUUAACAAGGACUGUCCCUUAACUGUGAUCGGGCGAGAGCAAGCAAGAAUAACAGGUGAAGCUUUACGUGAAGCCGGUGAGUCCAUCUCACAUGUAUACUGCUCUCCUGCUCUUCGCUGUGUGGAGACGGCCGCUGAGGUCAUGAAAGCUUACGGAUUCCGGGGUAAAAUGGUUAUCGAACCAUCUUUAUUUGAAUGGUGUGGGUGGUACAGACCCAUCUUACCAAACUUCAUGACCCCACAGGAGCUUGUGAAAUGUGAUUUCCCAGUGGACACCACAUACAGAGCGUACGUAAACGUGGAGGAGAUCAAUGUUCUAGAAUCUGUUGAGGACUAUUAUAUGAGGUCGUAUAGUGUCACACAGUACAUUCUAGGAAAGCAUAAACCAAAUGAAGGCAACAUUCUCCUGGUUGGUCACUCAGGGACCUUAGACGCCUGCACCCGACAGCUCACAGGAAAACCAGUGCGCAACUCUGAGGAAUUCCGCAACAUAGUCCGAGGCUGCCCCUACUGUUGCCUGUGUACGGCCGUUGAGAGUUCCUCAUCCGGUAAAUGGGCGCUGGUAGAGCCGCCAAUACCUCAGCUCACACACGGAGCAAACAGCAAGGAUUACUGCUGGGAGAACUUGCAGAAUUAA